CACCCCAUGGACAGACAGACCAAAGGCAGAAUACUGGAAAUAUAAUCUGACCUCUGUGUUUCCGGAUGAACGUCUAUGCUCUGACUAAUUUCCAAACUCACCCUGUUAGUUGGUGAAAAAAUUACAUCCUUCAGUGAACAUCCUGUUAAUGGUAAAUUCAGGUAGUACCUGCUCUUGAUCGACAAAACAUACUCCAUGAACUCACUGCCUUCAAUAUUUAAAAAAUUAGUCACAAUAUAUUUACGGGGCUACGGACAUUUUGCAAAGUUGUCUAUGCAACGUCACACCGAGACACGAGCAUCUCCCUCCCCCACUCGGGAAAUUACACAGUUUAAUUGUUACUAAUCAGUUUGGUUUGCUUUGGGGACAUCAUCUGCUUUUAUAAAGUAGCACGGAAUACGUCUGGUAUAACAUGGCGGACGCCGAGUUUUACGACGUCGGACUGUUCCAGGCCUGGGACUAUGUCGUCCUAGCGGCGAUGCUUAGCGUGUCAGCCGGCAUCGGGGUCUUCUACGCCUUUACCGGCGGCCGGCAGUCAACCACACGUGAGUUUCUGCUCGCGAAUCGUAACAUGAACCCCAUCCCCGUUGCGAUGUCGCUGGUGGCCAGUUUUAUCUCUGCGAUCACCGUACUGGGGACGCCAGCCGAAAUGUACCUGAAUGGACCCAUGUACUGGUUGUACGGAAUAGCCUUCAUAUUCACCGGAUUCCUGACGUCCCUCUUCCUACCAACGUUUUAUCGUUUGGGUGUGACGAGCGCUAAUGAGUACCUCGAGAAACGAUUUAACAAGCCAACAAGAUUACUGGGGACAAUACUGUAUCUUCUGCAAAUGAUUUUAUACCUCGGUAUUGUCAUCUACGCCCCGGCACUUGCCUUAAACCAAGUCAGCGGUCUAGACCUUUGGGGGUCCGUUUUAGCGAUUGGUAUUGUCUGCACAUUCUAUACGACCAUUGGUGGUAUGAAAGCAGUAUUGUGGACUGAUACAUUCCAAGUGACCGUCAUGAUGGCUGGCUUCUUGGCUGUCAUCAUAGCAGGGUCAAUGAACGUUGACGGCUUCAACGAAGCUUGGCGGAUAGCCGGAGAAGGCGGGCGACUUGAUAUUUUGGACUUCAACCCGGACCCGACUGUACGCCAUACUUUCUGGACAGUCGUCGUAGGCGGAACAUUCUUCUGGAGCACUCUCUACGCUGUCAACCAGGCACAGGUCCAGAGAUACCUCACAUGUCGGUCCGAAAAGACUGCUUUACUGUCCCUGUUCAUGGCUAUAAUUGGUAUGAUAAUCGUUGUAUCAGCAGCAUGUAUAUCGGGUAUCGUCAUGUAUGCUAACUUCGCCGUCUGUGACCCGCUAACCAUGGGCUAUGUCUCCAAAUCAGACCAGCUCAUGCCAUAUUUUGUGAUGUACCUGUUCGGCAAGAUGCCCGGGCUACCCGGCCUAUUUACCUCGGCCAUAUUCAGUGCUGCUCUCAGUACCGUGUCCUCUGGGGUUAACUCUCUGGCUGCUGUUGUGGGCGAGGACAUCGUGAAAUCGAUUUGGCCUGACAUGAAAGAAAAGACCUACACAUGGACCACAAAGGGUCUUGCCCUCUUCUUCGGGAUACUAAGCAUCGCGAUGGCAUUUGUUUCUUCGCAACUCGGUAGUGUUCUUGGGGCAGCCUUCAGUGUUUUUGGAAUGAUUGGGGGCCCACUUCUGGGACUUUACACUUCUGGAAUGUUCUUUCCAUGGAUCAACUCUAAGGGGGCGUUCGUUGGCACUCUGCUCGGCUUGACUUGGUCUCUCUGGGUGGGCAUAGGGGCACAGAUCUACCCUCCCUCUUCCGAGAAGCCACCGCUGAGCAUAGCUGGAUGCAACAUUACACUGGAAACCAUGACAACGCUGUCUGACACCAUGAUGACGUCUUCAACCAUGGAGCCACCAAUGGGGAGACCAGCCAUUGCCAGUCUAUAUAGCUUGUCAUACGCCUGGUACAGCGCUGCAGCAAUGCUUAUGACGAUCUUUUGGGCCCUCAUUGGAAGCUUCUUGACGGGCGCUAAUGACCCUAGGACUUUGAACCCAAUGUUAAUUAGCCCCAUCGCAGACCGAAUGUACUGCUGUCUACCGGAAAUUGUAAAGCGCCCUCUCCGGUGUGGUGUCGGUGACCUCUACGAGGAAGGUCAAAAGGAAAAGGUUGCUGAUGAAGAAAUGAAAGUAGCUUACUCGAAUCCGGGCUACAUCGGGCAGUUAUCUCCAUCCUGUGUUGGUCAUGCUCCAAAGAGCCAAGAAGAGCCACAUACUACCAUGGAAGCUCAGAUUUGACUUCGAGAAUGUGAACCUCAGUCCAUCUUCUGAUUAGUUUGAUUUUUUUUUUUUUUAAGGGGGUCUUCUUCGGGGAAAGAUGAAUAAAAAGUUUGAGCUUUUUAUUCAUUUCAAUGUAAGUGCGAUAAAGCAUCAAAGAAAAGGUGUCCCCUAAAACGGAUGCCUCUCAAAUGUCCUCGUAUUCACAAUAUGACAAGUUACAGCUAAAAGUUGUGGACACACUGUUGUGCCACAUGUCUGUGUAGUCCCAUUAACACAUUUCUGUGCACAAUACUUGUGACCUUUAGCAAGACUUGGGCCAAUUUCUGAUAGAUUUCAUGAUUCUGAAAGUCCAAAAUGUAUACCUAAUAGCUAGUAUAUGAUCAACCGUUUCCAAUAGCCUCCACACAGUUUCUUUUAUAAUGCAAUAGCGUGACAAGAACUCAUCUUUAUCCUUUAAUAUAUACAAAUCGACAACAACAGAAUAUUUCCCUCUGGAUGUUAGGGGUUCCAUGCCGCUACUAUUACAAGAGAUAUUACAAGUUUAAACAUAAACUCAAUUAAUAUUCAUCGACUCUGGAACAGACAGGUCGGGCAAUGCUUUACCCAAAACCUUACAAAUAUAAUUCGAAGAGUUCAGCUCUUUAUUCUGUACAAACAACUUUUAGGCAAUGUGGCUAAAAAAAAAAAAAAUAUAUAAAUAAAAAGAACUAAAUGAAAACUCUAUUUAAAAAAAUUAUUGAGAUUUA